AUGUCUAAACGCAAUCCUAUCUCAUAAAACUAGCCAAUACAGCCGUACUCAAGUGGACAAGGGAAUUAGACUUCUCUUGGAUAGCAUAUGACUUCUAGCAAUUCUGGAAUAUUUCCACCAAUUGAUAACUUGUAGCAGUUCAGAUAAUGUUUAGUAAUGAGUUUGUCUAAAUUUGGGGAUCCUUAGACCAUAAAGUAGGCGGCAGAUGAAAUCAGAGAACUGAUGACUGAACAUAUAACGAAUACAGACAGAAUGAACGCGUUUUUAUUGCUACUUUAGGAACAUAAUGAGCAUAUGAAGCCCAAUCACAGGAAGGAACUCAUAAAGAUUUAUGGGACAGCUGCAGAAAUAUUCGAAGAAGCUUUACUCCCAUUUAUGCCAAAGAUUUUGACAUAUCUUCAAAGGAAACUGAAAGAGAAUGAUUCUCUGUUGCACUAAGUGAUUUCAGAUGCACUAGGGGCAAUGGUUCAUUAGGUUUUAAAAAAGAUUGAGAGUCUUGACGAACUGCUGAAUCAAUUCAAUCCAAUUCUUAAGAUGAUAUUCACAAACCUAAUGACACCAAAUAGACAGCUGCAGAUAGGCUCUGCAAUAUCUCUGACUAGAGUCAUUCAGAAUGCUCCAGUUCUUGUCCUCUAAUCCUCGCUGCCUUUUAUUUCCUCAAAGAUACUUGAAUCGCUGUCAGCUCAUACCUGCAAAUGCCAAACUUAAAUCCUAGAGUCUCUGAUAUCCUUGAUUUUGGCUGUAGAAAAUGAGUUCUCAAAUCAAUGUGCUGACUUUCUACCCUAACUGCUUGAAUGCAUGACGAACAGUGACUGGCAGGUAAGGAAAAUGGCUAUUGAUGUCAUCUAUACUAUGGCUGCUAUACUUAGAGAUGCUUUAGUUCCAUUUAAAAAUGAUAUACUUGAAGUAUUGAAUCACUCUAGAAGUGAUAAGAUAAAGCCAGUUAGGGAAGCUACUUUGGAGGCUAUGCAAGCUGUUAAGGAAAUUUAAACUGGAUAGCAGCAAGUUAAAUCUGAAGAAACUCCGAGUGUGAGAGGGAGGGAAUCGUUCAAAAGACCUCCAACCAGCUAGAAUAGAGCUGGUGCUGAAACUACUCUUGGUAAAAAUACAAGUCAGAGAUAUCAGAGAGAAAUGAGUCCAGAUAACUUUUAACAAUUUACAAAAAAGAAUGCUCAAAGAAAUGAUUCUACUUAGAAUAUGAACAGAUCUUCUAGUAGGGUGCCUGGUUAAAUCACAAAUAGGUCAAAAGCAGAGGAUAUGGCAAAGUCUGAUAAUGAGGGCCAAGGGACCAGAAAGAAUCUCACAAGUGCAACUUAAAAGAAAAUUGCCAGACAGUAGGAGGCAAAUCUACCUUAGACUUCCUCGAGAAUGCAGGCAAUGCCUAAAACCUCAAUAUUUAAAGGUCCUAAAAAUACUGGAUUCUUCAGUAAGCAGGGAGAUGAUAUAGAAAUUCUAGAGGGCUCAAGACCUCAUGAACACGAGAAUGAAUAAGAGACCUCCAUGCAGAUGCAAGAUUAACAGCAAGAGGACAUAUCUAUCAAGAUUUAUGAGGGCAAGAAAAGACCUCUCUACUAGGACUAAUCCAGACUAGAGCAUCAUUUGCUCUCAAGUUAGAAGUAAAGUGACCUUAAUUACAAUUCAGGCAAAAAGGUAUCUCCAUUUAAGAAGAAUUUCUUAGAGCAGUCGGAAAUACUAAGCGACUAAAAGCAUCGACAGUUCUCACACAACAAGAACAAUGACAGUAAUGUCGAGUAGAUCAUUGACUCCUUGCAAAGAGAUAAUGAAAAUUAGAGUUCACCCUCGAACCACAUAGAUAAAUCUUACUUUUCUCCAGGCUUGAAUAAUUAGAUAAGAUAUCAACAGCCAAAUCAUAGCUUUAUUCAAGGAACUAACAAUCUACCUUCAAGUUACAUGCAACCCAUAGGCAAUUCAUCACAAGAUUUUAUGAACUUCAAUGUACCUCAGCAGCAGCCCCCAUAAAUUAUGACUGGACUGCAUUAAAACAUGCCACCAUUAUAUCAGUAGUAAAUUUCUCCGUAGAAUUUUUAUCAUCAGUAAUCAUACCCCUAAACUUAGAUAGGCUAGCCUUCACCUUUAUCUACUUCAAAUGAUCAGCAAAUCUAAUUUCUGAUUUAAGAACUACAAAAAAUAAACCAAAGUUAAUCUCAAGUGAUUGAGAGAAUGAAUGAGUAUUAGAACUAUUAGAAAAAUGAGAUAUUUAGUCUCCAAGCCAGGAUUGCUAAGCUCGAGGAUAUUGUUUAAUAAUAAUAGCAACAAAACAUUCUUAAAUCAUCAAUUAUUCAACCGUAACUAAUGCAGUAGCCUCAAUUAAUGACUAAUUAUGGAACUUAGCCAAUUAUUGAUUAGAGAUAGAGUCCUAUAUCCAGAGGAAGAUGGAAUAAUAACAAUAAUAACUAAUCGAAUGGUAUAUAAAACAAUGUUUCAAUGAGUCUCAAUCAUUAACCUAAAAGUUUAUGGUAGUAAAUUCAAACUUAUGUACACAAAGCCUAAUUAAACGAGGCUUACAAAUUGAUACUUCAGAAUGAUUUAAAUGAUUUAGAAGAUCGUGAUCUUUUGCUAAUCAAGCUCAUAGGUAAGACUGGAGUUUGCUUAGAUAAGUUAGAUGAAUUUACAAUAGACAACUUGCUUAAUAGAAUAAUUAAGAUCCUUUCCGAAAGAGAAUUCAUUGAUGUUUUGCUUCCUUGGAUGUCCAGUAUAACACAGUAUCUUAAAGAUCACAAAAAUUCUCAUAAUUAGGAUAGUCCCAGCAAAUAAUAGCUAAGUCUAAAUACAUUGUCAAAUCUGAUUGAAUGUCUUCUAUUGUUACUUAAUGACUAAGGCUCAAGAAACGGAUUGAAUGAAGUUUAGAGAGUUGAAGUCGAGCAAAUCUAUCUUUCCAUUAGUGAAACUUUAAAAACUUAAUGA